AUGGGAAACACGUCCUCUUCCAAGGUCACCAAGAAAGGAGACCGUAAAGAAGAAGCAAAAGCAAUUGAAUCAUCAAAGCCCAACAAUAAGAUCACCACCACAACAACGAACACUACAAAGUCAACUGAAACUCUUCAUUCCAAAUUAUCCGUGACUGACCAUACUGGUGAUACUACUCGAAACGUCUUUGACUAUUAUGAAAAAGUCAAAGUGAUUGGAGAAGGAAGUACCUGCAAAAUCUUUGCCGUCCGGCGAAAACGCUCAUCAUCCUUUCAAGAAGAUGAAGACGAUAAUGAUGAGGACCAGCAAUCAUUGCUAGCGCUCAAGGAAAUUUCCAAAGAUCAAGUCGAUGGUACCUUUUUGGAAGAGCUCCGGAACGAAGUGGCCAUUUUGAGAACCUUGGAUCAUCCCAACAUUGUCAAAGUCUACGAAAUGUUUGAAUCCAAACGUGCAAUUUACUUGAUCAUGGAAUACUGCUAUGGUGGUGACUUGUAUGGUCGGGUGCCUUAUACAGAAGCGCAAGUGGCCAAAAUCAUGACCAAGCUCUUGUCCGCGGUAGCCUAUAUUCACAAGAAGAAUAUCGUUCACCGCGAUAUCAAGAUGGAGAAUAUCAUGCUGGAAUCGGACAAGCCAGAUGCCAAGGCCAAGUUGAUUGACUUUGGGUUGAGUCAGUCGUAUUGUAUUAGUAGCAGUAGUAGUAACAACAAGUCCAAGAUGACUCAUCUCUCGGAACUUGUGGGAACGGCCUACUGUAUGUCACCUCAAGUGAUUCGCAAGCAAUACACUUCCAAAGCGGAUCUUUGGGCUUGUGGUGUGGUGGCCUUUAUACUACUUUCCAACAAGUGGCCAUUUGAAGGGAGUGCCAACAAGGAAAUUACCAGCAAGAUUUUGAAGAAUGAUUGGAACAAGGACUUUGAAGGAGAGGAAUGGAAACAUAUCUCGAGUGAAGCCAAGGCCUUUGUACGGCAUCUUAUGGCCUAUGACGAAGACAAGCGAUGGGACGCGGGUCAAGCCCUUCGAUCCAAAUGGUUGACCAAGGCAUUUCCUUCCGACGAAGGUCCUCCAGAGCAAAAAGUCUUGAACAGUGUGACGAAUGCUCUGAUCCAAAAUGCAAAUGAUGGGAAAAUGAAAAAACUUGCCAUGCAAGUCAUUGCGUACAAUAGUUCCACCAACGACAUUGAAAAAUUACGACAUGUAUUCGAUCAGUUUGAUGCCAACCACAAGGGGACUAUAAACUAUUGGGAAUUCCGAACCUCGCUGAAUCAGUGCAAGUACAAGGAUGCGGACAUCAAGAAAAUAUUCAAGAAUCUGGAUGUGAAUGGGACGGGUGUCAUUAACUAUACAGAAUUCAUUGCUGCCACUUUGGAAACUCUGGGAAAGAUUGAAGAUGAAAGGAUACGAGCAGCCUUUGAUAAGUUGGACGAAGACAAUACUGGACACAUUUCCAAGGAAAAUCUAUGCACCGUGCUUGGAGAAAAGUGCACGGCAAGCGAUUGUGAUAACCUUGUCAACGAACUAAUGGAGGAAGUUGACAUAGAUGGGGAUGGGACCAUUACAUAUGAUGAGUUUUUGAAUCUUUUCCGUGAACGGCAUCGUCAAGCCAAUCAAAAUGCGUGCUGUUCACCCAUGAAAUCCAAAGAAGAAGAAAAAUCAAAUGGUUGUGGGGGCAAGACCUGUGGUGGAAGCAGCUAA